AUGAGGAAAUUCUCAAGGAGAAAGAGCUCUCAGCUAGCGCCGGAGAAAGAACGACUCUGGACCAAACCAUGCUGUCUACAAUGGAGACCUUUGAACUUAAUGAUCCAAAGCCCAAGAAGAGAAAUGGGAUAAACUGCUUCAUGGUCCUGCUGGUCAUCUACCUGAUUCUACUCACCGCAGGUGCUGGGCUACUGGUGGUGCAAGUUCUGAAUCUGCAGAAGCGGCUCCGGGCCCUGGAGAUGCCUUACAACAAUCAAACGCUGGCCUCCGAGCAUUUCCUGCAGGCCCAGCUCGCCCGCGUCCGCACCAGGCAGGAGCACCUACUACGACGUGUGGACAACUUUACUCGGAUCCCAGGCCCCCCAGGACCCCGAGGCCCGCCAGGAAUCAAGGGAGAGGCAGGAAGAAAGGGGGACGUGGGCAUGAAAGGAGACAUGGGGGUCAUGGGACCCCCUGGAGCCCGGGGGUCUAAAGGUGACUCAGGGAUGCCCGGUUCCCCAGGUGUGGCUGGAAUUCCUGGACUCAAAGGAGAUCAAGGACAACCUGGAGCGAAGGGUCUUCCGGGCUUUCCAGGAGCUGUGGGAUCCCCGGGUGCCAAGGGUGAGCCUGGCAGCGCUGGUCCCACUGGGCCAAUAGGACCAUCAGGGAGGCCCGGAAGUCCAGGAGCCGAAGGUGUGAAAGGAAGCAAGGGGGACACAGGACUUCAAGGACAGAAAGGAACAAAAGGAGAAUCAGGAGUUCCAGGCCCUGCAGGCCUGAAGGGAGAGAGGGGAAGCCCAGGCCUGGUGGGCCUCAACGGGGCACCUGGACCAGACGGCCGAAAGGGAGAGCCUGGAGCAAAAGGAUCUUCUGGGCCGCAAGGAGCAAAGGGAGAAAAAGGUCAAAAAGGCGAAUCCAUGGUAUCCGUCCGGAUUGCUGGCUCUAGGAACCGAGGCCGGGCUGAAAUUUACUAUAAUGGUGCCUGGGGGACAAUUUGCGAUGACGACUGGGACGAUUCAGAUGCCACUGUCUUCUGCCGCAUGCUGGGCUACUCUUCGGGAACUGCCAUUUUCAAUGUGGGAGGUGGCACUGGGACCAUCUGGCUGGACAACGUUGCGUGUCGAGGGUCGGAAUCGUCCCUGUGGAGCUGCAGCAAGAACAACUGGGGCUCUCACAAUUGCAACCACAGUGAGGACGCGGGUGUGGACUGCAGCUGACCCCACCCACAGGCCGUUCGCGGCUCUGCCCCCAAGGUGUCCCCAGCCAAGACACUCAGCCCACGAAGGGAGGCCGUGCUCUCCGAGGGGCUUCCCGGGGUGGCUGACGGCCUCUGAAGCGGGCUUGCUAAUAAAGCUCAACGCGCCCCCUGGCACCUCCCUGCGCUGCGGCUGAAAUCACUAGCUCGUCCCUCCUGCCCCUUAAGGAUACGCCCACUCCCUGCACACAGCCUUUCGCUGAGCCCUCAGACUCCCUGCAACCCCCAUUCCCACGCACGGGGACAGUGGAGUCUCAGCUCGGAGCCGGGGAGGCCGAGGGCACGGGGGGGGGGCUGAAACGCAAUGCCGAAAGUGAGGCUCACCUGUAGACAGAAUUAGUCAUGAGCAGCCUUUCAAUCAAUCCGAUGUCGCAUCUCCGCACAGCGGCGGGCGCUCCCUCCAGCGCCGCAGCGGCUCGGCAGCAAAGGAAGAGGCCGCCUGUAGUUGGCAUCAGGUUGCAUGGAAAAUAGGAAAGGUACCAUUAAGCAUGAACAUUGGUUCUCAUUAGGAUGUGAGCUCCAGAAAUGCAGGAACUUUUGUCUGUUUUAUUCACCCCUAUAGGGGCUCAGUAAAUAUUUAUGCAACGAACGACUGAAUUAAACCAAGAAGGUAGAGCGGCUAACCCUCUCUGAGACAUUUGGCCUCCCUCUCCCUUUGCAGUCUUCCCCUGGGAUAUAUAUUCCCAGGGGCUCUCUCGCUCUCUCCCUCCAGGUGCUGUAAAUGGUUCAGGUAAACGUGAAAUCAGGGAGAGUGGGAUGCACGUGGUGCGACUCUGAGACAUCACCAUUCACACUUGACCUGUAAGGAGCUCAGCCUCAGGGCACUGGGAGACUGGCCCAGGGACACUUGUAAAUGGUGGAGCCCAGGACGAGCAGUGGAAGGGCUGGGAGAUGGAGUGGACACCUCAGGGCUUUCUGCCUCAAGGGCUCAACCAGCCACCCAGGACCCAAUACGCACUUUCAGAGGCUGCAGCUGCAUACUCAGCACCAAGGUCAGA